AUGAAAGGCAUAUGUUCAGUCUACAUACUUCUCCUUCUAUCAAUACUGUCCACAGCACUCUCAGAAACACCCCCUAGCCCAAACGCGGUCCGCCUUUCCAACGUUCAAACCCUCACUCUCCGCGCAGGCCGCCAAACCUCCCACCGUCGCGUCUUACCUCUACCACAGCUAAAAUGCGUCGGCCCCGAACAAGGCUAUGAUUACGACGAAGAAGACGUCCAAUGGAGCUGUUCCGCCAAUUUACCGUCGGAAUUCAAGCUUGGUUCUACAGAUGUUAUUUGCGAGGGAUACAGAAAUGCGGAUGAUAAAUGGAUUCUCAAGGGGAGCUGUGGGGUGGAAUAUCGUCUCUUGUUGACUGAGAAGGGUGAGGAACGGUACGGACGCUGGCGUCAAUCAAGUACAUCGCCAAAAAGCGGUGAUGAAAAUAAUGGAGUGGGAAAAGCCAUUAUGGUGAUAUUUUUUAUCGCUCUCCUCUUUAUCAUAAUAGUUGCUAUCACCGGGGGCCCUAACAGGGAUGGUAACCGUGGAAGACGACCAAGAAACACCAACCGAGGAGGUGGAGGCGGAGAUGGUGACGACGACGACCCUCCUCCUCCAUACGAUUAUCAACCUCAGUCAUCACGUCAGAAGUCCGAUUCUGGGCCGGGAUUUUGGACUGGAGCAGCUGCUGGAAGUGCAGCUGCUGGAGCGGCUGGGUAUGCGAUGGGUCGGAGACAUGAUCGACGAGAUGACAGGCAGACCAGAGCAGGAUCAUCUUAUACGAGGCGUUAUGAUUAUGACCCGGAGCCGGCUCCAGGACCGUCACGAUCUUUUUCCCCUGGUAGGUCAGAUACCGGGUUUGGGUCUACGAGACGGAGAUGA